UUGUCGUUAAAUCCUCUGUCGAGUGUCAACGAGAAGAGUGCCAUUAUCGGCCAGUGUCAUAAGGUUUGGAGGUUUCCCAUGGAUGACCGCUCCUCAAGUAACGACGGUUUAGGAUAAUGGAAGCACCACUUGGGAUUCUACUGCUGUGCGUGAUGCCAGCCGCCUUGGGCUACACAAGCGGCCCGCCAGUUUCAUCCAAUGAUAACCUGUGCACCGACAUGGUCCCAGACGGCCACAACGGUGGAGUCAGCCUGGCCACCGAUCAAGCCUCCCCACCUUACGCCAUCACCACGUCCACCAGGGAGUACUAUGCCGGCGCAUUCGUUCGAGUGACAAUCACCGGGUCUGACAGCAAUCGGUUCACAGGAUUUUUCAUCCAGGCUCGGCGCGCAGAUACAUCCCAGGACAACGACGUUGCCGUGGGAACGUUCUCUGGGAUACCCGCCAACACCCAGCUGCUGAUGUGCCACGGUGUUGCUAACUCCGCCUGGGGGCACUCCAACAAGGACGAGCGGUCCUCUGUUACAGCAACCUGGAACGCUCCGAACCAGGACGAAGGCCCUGUGGAAUUCCUGGCAACUAUUGUGAAAGGGGAGCCAAACAGAAAUUACUUUUACCUCGAUGUCAAAUCUCCCCAGGUGAACUUCACCAAUGAAGCCCCUCCUGUCAGCGAUGGAACAACAAGCUCUCCGUCUGCAGGCUCUGCCAAUACUUCGUCCUGCGCUUUUGUGGUGCUGGCGGUGACACUACCAGUAUUGUUCGCGAUGCAUUUCAACUGAACAGCGACAAACCAACGAUUGUGUAAUUUUUUGAAUUUUUUAAAAAGUUAUUCUCGUAGAUUAUAAGAGUUACUUGUAGACUUUAUCGUAUUCAGAGUCUUCACGUCAUUAAAUGUCAGGCAUUGUUCAACUUCUUACAAAGAUUAACGAAAAGUUUAUGCUAUUGGGUGGGGGACGUGUGAUUGUAAUGACCUGAAGAUUUGCAUAGAUUACAUUCAAGUUGCAGUGAUAACGAUGCUGUUGACGACAAGAUUAGCAGACGUAUACGUGUACAUGUAAUGUACGUAUUACUCAUGUAAAAGCAGUUCUUUUAUCGUCGCAAUCAGGCUGGGAAAUUCCCCGAUGAGAAAUUGUUUCAAUUUGUAUAAAUAAUAAACUCACCCGUACGAUGGCCUUGAGAUGACCCGCAAAAUCUUGGAAUUUUUUCGCACAACGUGGCAUAAACCUGAGUAGCUCGCAGUGCUGUGCAAGGAUUUCUGAUGUGACGUCAUAGAAUAUUGACUCAAAGAAGUGCGAGGUAAAAUCCAUGUUAAAUUAAGAAAAAGGUGUAAAAUUGUGAAAAACUGAAUAAAACUGCGAUGACGAUUAAAUCAAAACCAAAUCAAACGACUCUGUAGGUCCCCUCACGGUCUCCAUACUGCAGCUCGCGAGGGGCAGCUAACACAAUACCGUUUGUAUAGCAGCAAACAUGGCACGCAGUGUACGUCGAUUGCUCAUUCUUAUUUAGACUUGCCUGCUGGAAAGAUCUGAAUAACUGGACCAUUGUCUUGCACCAUAAGGAAUAAAACCGACAGUUAACAGAGACGGUUAAAGAUGACUUCGAAAGAGCAGCAGCAGAGGUUAGGCUUUGAGAAAGAGGGCGUGGUCAAGGAUUCUCACGGAUCAGCCGCAAUGUCUCACGAGGGGAACGUGGAGUCGGGCAGCCCUGUGUCCAGGAUGCAGGCUCAACAGCCGGUCUCGCCUGGCGACUUGGGAUUCGGGAAAGAAGGUGUGGAGAAAGACACCCCGGCUUCCGCAAUGAUGUCGCACGAGGGCGACGUGAGCGCCAGCUCUCCCGUGGCAGAGCUGCAGAGCAAGGGUGCGACCGGCAAGUAAGCUACGGCAGGCACUCCAGGUCGAUAUACCGUCUACCGACAACAUCUUUCGUGAUAUGCUCAUGAUGAUUCCCUGAAUUGUCUUUUUUAAUGGCAAUUUCACCGCUUUUGCCCUUGGCAUUUCAUUUGCGCUUAGAGUCACUUUUUCCUCUUUUUUCGAUGGUAGAGGAGAAACGAGGCUAAUUUCAUCACACGGUGUGCUUUGAAAUGCACCUGCAUUACUUGAAUUCUAGUCAUUCAGAAAAUAUAGAAUUUGUUUGAGAGUGUAUUUUUGGAGAAAACUACCAAUUACCAGUGUCCUUGAAGACAAAACUUCAACUACAAAAUCCAUGGUGAUGAACACUCUGCAAAUCUUGUCUUGGGAUGAAAUUUCACAAAUAAAAGAAAACACCAUCUGUUCUCCGAAUACAAAAACCAAGUAGACUUGAAUAUAAAUAUGACUGAAAAUGGUAACACUGUUUCGUUCAUCUUUAGUGCAUUUCUUGGUUUCCUCCACAGUUUUCCAGGGAUUUUAAAAAUUGCUCGGCUGUGGAAAUUCAAAAAACGAAGGGGGCAUUGCUGGACACCGCUUGCAAGGGGCGAUGUUCACGAUACAGGUGUACAUUUUUGCAUGCCUACGAUAAGACUCCUUAACCUUGCAUCAAACGGUAUACAUCUAUCUAAAACGUUUGUACUUUUUCUCCCUUUUCAGUACUAAUGAACUUAUAUUAUGGUAUCCAGAAAUUCGAAAUAUUACUUCUAAAUCUGUUUCUUUCUCCCGCCAUAAAAGCGAGGGAUGAUAACCCAACCCCUUUGUCAAAAAGUGCACGGAAUACAUAUCUCCCCAUUCGUCUUGGAUAUACGCCUGUCGCACGUCCUCUAUCCACACCGUCACUAGAUGUAUAACUUUACAAUAUAUAACUGUCAACGAUACCUUAAAAACAAGUCUUGAACCACACACCACCUUGCAUUCUGAACUAAACAUUACGCUAAACCUACAUGCAAGCUACUGUUGAACUUUGUUCACCUUCAAAAUUAACGAGCAUAAUAAUGGUUUAUUUGAAAAUAGUUUUACAUCAAUUUCAAGUCUGGAAUAUUUAAACGUGAAAGUAUACUAUAGCUACUGAGAAUAUCACGAAUGUUGUGGAACCUGGGAUAUUUUUUCAAUGUGAAUUACUGGUGGCUAUACGUUUAGUUGGAAUAAUAUCUAGGCAGGGAGCCAGUCUAGUUAUUUUGCCAGCCUAUCCAGAUUUGAUAUGCGCUUGCGCAACUUGAAAUUUCCUCUAUCGGGGAAAUCCCCAUGUGAGCAAUAUAUUCUCACAUUCUAGCUUUGAACUCGAGUCGUGUUUCCAUUUUAAUUUCAUAUUUUAAAAGCCCCAACGAUGACAACGCUUCAGGUUUGUUGGUGUUGAAAUCAGCGACCUCUUUUGUCACUCCAUAAGUAAUUGAACGCGCUAAAUACAAAAGGGAUCUUCAGUCCUGUCGGUAUGCCGAAAGGCGGGGCGCGGUCUGGCGGCUCAAGCCGGAGUUCGAGGAGUGUUAAUCCCAGCUCACUCGGGUUCAAGUCAGGUGGAGUCGUGAAAGGAUCGGCCGCUGCCAAAAUGAUGUCCUCGCAAGGUUCAGUGAAGGCUGGAUCUGAUAUUGCACAGUUACAGAGUCAUGGGGCGAAAGUGAGUUUUUCCUGACACACGUUUCGUUAGAUCAGGCUGACAACCCUUCAACCAGGAACAGCACAAGACCUUAUCAACGGCCCUCUUUUUUUGGCCCCCACCCACAACAGGCACACCUUACGGUCUUGCCAGCAAACCCAGUUCUCGGUCCGGCGGUUCGAGCGGGGCUGCGAAGAGCAUCUCGCCCGCUGCCCUGGGUUUCAAGCCCGGCGGGGUGGAGAAGGGUACUGUUGCCGCCCAGAUGAUGUCGACGCUAGGAUCGGUGAAGUCUGGCACCAUAGUUGCCCAGAUGCAGAGCAGUGGGGCCAAGGGCACAAGUGAGGGAGUGUCCUGUACAACUCACCGGAGCAGCAGCGGUCAGGCCCAGUACGUAAAGUGCACCGUCAAGAAGUAGCUGAUCGAACUCGCUUCUCAAACAAUAGGCUCAAUUGCCUGUGCUAACUAUUUACCCAAGGAUGAAAGUUGAAACUACGGUUAGUAGGGCUAGGGCUAUGCCAACUCUUUUUUCCUCCGUUGGAAUGAUUUGUCGUUCAUUUCCAAAAUGAACGACAAAUCAUUCCAACAGAGGAAAAAAGAGUCAGUGAAAAUACACUUGCUAUAAUAUUAACUCAUUCGGGGGAGUGACCCAAAAAUGUAUUUAAAGCAUUCAAUAAGAUGACGUAUCCAUUGCUACUCAUUUGCAUAUCUUCACCUUGGAUGCCAAUGCAAUUUUCAAUAUGAGUAAGCACAGUGCCUUGAUUGGAAGUCUUCAUGGCUUCAACACGACUGUGCACGCCCACUAAGUUAUUGUUUUCUUUCGAUCCGUGGAUUUGCUUGAGAAAUGAUCUAACUGAUAAAUACAUCACGGCUAAUAUGUACCAGUGUUGUAAGCGAUAGAACGCGAGAACAACAGAAAUUAAUUAUUCGUUUCUGUUCACUUGCCACUUCAAGUUGAGACAAUAAGCAGCGAAACACCGAAAAACGUCUCUGCACUUGAUGGUGACUUAGCCCCACUGAGGCAUGUUUUCACACAGCCUGUCGACUUAUUGGAUACUUAACACUUUGUUUCCCGCCAACAGUGACAACAUGGGGCUGGAAUAGCAUGAAUCGAAGAUACCAAAUAACUUGUGUUAAGAUUCAACACAUUGUAACUAGGAUAUAUGUAAUGUUAUUAUGGUUAUCAUUAUACGCUUACCCUCGCUUGUUAUUAAUUAAUAUACUACCAUCAGACCUAGCUUACGAUCAAUGCUUGCAUAGUUUCCUCCACAAAGCGAUGCCAAGAACCAUAUACGACGCAACUUUAGAAUCAACAGUAUUAGCAGCUUCAAUGAUCAGGUUGAGUCGAAUUGCAGAUUUAUGAAUAAAUUCUCUCCACGUGCAAUGACGUUCUUUCUGUGUGCAAGUAAGAUUGCUAACAGUUUCUGUUAGCCCCGUUUUUUUGGUGAACAGAUUAAUUGCCCUCAAUAUAACCAUGCCCUCAAUGAUAUCUCAUGGAGACAUUCUACUGACUGCUUUUCGUGAUUAAUAACAUACAACCGCAGCUACUCUUAAUAAGGUUUUGUUUUGCCAAAAUCCAUGCUGUUUAAAGUGUAUUAUGCUUACUUAAAGGUUAUGUGAUCUUAACGUAUAUACACCGUGAAUGCAUGCCGCUUAUGUUCAAAUGCAUACGCUGUUUUGGGAUCUGAUCUUGAACUGUUUGAAUCGACGGGCUUAUCAAUAAAAUGUUAAUGAUCUAAGACGUUGUACUGUUA